AUGUCCUCCUUCGGUCAAGAUGGGGCGCGGGACUUCCGCGCCUCCGUGGAAGAUGACGGACUCGACGGCGAUUACAGCAUGGUCGACGACCACCCAGAGGGACCCGACUACUAUAUCCUAUUAGGUCUAUCGCGCAAUCCACCGCCUACCGACGCCGAGAUUCGAUCAGCCUACCGCAAUUUAUCCCUCAGCUUUCAUCCGGACAAACAACCACCGCACCUCCGCCAUGCGGCCGAGAGCCAAUUCAGACACAUCCAAGAUGCAUACGAUACCCUGAUAGACCCCAAGAAGCGCAUUGUCUACGAUAUAUCCGGCGCGGAAGGCGUGCGGCAGGAAUGGGGCCAACUUGGAGCUAUGGGGACGGGAGGAGAGGCACAACAGCAGAAUGUCGGCGUCAAGACAAUGUCGCCGGAUGAAUUCCGGCGGUGGUUCUUGAAGACAAUGAAAAAACGCGAGCGACGCACCAUUGAAAGCCUGGUUUCUAGCAGGGGCGGUAUUACCCUGGGGAUAAACGCGUCAUCCAUGGUCUCGGUGGAUGAGGACGAAGAUGUGCAGUUCCAUAUCCCUUCGCCGCAAAUAUCCUCAUAUGGUCUCUCAUAUAAAUUCGACACGCCGCUGUCAUUACCGCAGUUUUGGGACACCGCAGAAAAGGAAUCAGACAACCAAGAUGCGGAAGCCGACUCUGCAGAAGAUGCGCAAGAUGAAGGGUCCGAGGCAGCUCAUAUCACUUUGAGCGCAGGUAUAAAUGGUGGCUUGGGUCGCCCAGUCAAAAAGUUCCAAGUCCAGUUCGAGGAUGGAACCCAAGAACAAGAACUAAUCACAAUGCCACCGAUUUUGGCAGCCCACAAUAUCCAAUUGGGGGCCAGUGUGUUUCCCAACAUGAAAAAUUUGGUGGGAACUAAGGGAAUAUGGGCCAAACAUCCUUUCUCGCUUCUCAGAGACUCUGCGAUUAGCUUCGAGGGUCUUCUUUUGCCUAGUCCCACUUUCAAGGCAAACAUUGUUCGAAACUUCAAACCCCUUUCUAACGUCCUGCCGAUCCAGGUCGUGGCGACCAGCGUCCAUACCCGUUCCCUGAGCGAAACUCCGCCGUCCUUGGAGGUUCAACUUGUCAGAAAGCUUUCCAAGAAGAAACAUGGUGUCAUUUCAUGGUCGAGUGGUGUUAUUGAAUGGCCCGGUUUUCUGCUCGGCUGGUUCCCAUCUCUGGGAAUGGGACCUCAAAGCGCUGUCAGAUCUGCCAACGAGCUUGGCCACUUUCAGAUUGGCUUAAUUUCACGUCCCCUUUCGCCUGAAUCCGAGGAGGCCGAGGAAGAUGACGAGGAGACUGGAGAUUCUGACCACGAUGAGCACCAUCAUCAGUCCAAGAAACAUAAACACCUAAUGAACAAGUCAGGCGAAUCCUGGGAGAGCCAUUUGCAGGUCAGUCCCGGAGGAGGCGCACUUGUCUUGAAGUAUUCACGAAACCUCUUCUCCGGAAAGCCGGCCGACGAUCCAGUGAAGACCGAGUGGAGCUCGGAGGGUUACUUCCCAAUGCCGAACAUGGACGAGGCGCGUGCUAUCCGACUCGAGGUUUCAAGCAUUGUCAGCUCGGACUUGUCCUUAAAUUGGACGAUCAAGGGUACUCGCCGGGUUGGAGAAUACACCCGCAUGGGACUUGGUAUUGGCAUCGCGGAAAAGGGCAUGAUGAUGACUGUUACGUGGCGCCGCCUCGGCCAAAAUAUCGAUCUCCCAAUUCUUAUUUGUCCAGCCAGUGAGGCAACAAAUGGUGCCACAGCGCUGACAGCCAUGUUUCCAUGGCUGGCCUAUUGCGCUAUUGAGUUUGGAUAUAUUCGUCCUCGUGAUAGAAAGAAGCGUCGAAAGGCAGCUGCUCAGCGCCACCGUGAGCUGAAGAAGCUCAUUCCCAAGAAGCGCGAGGAGAGUCUCCAAGCCAUUGAACUCAUGGCGGAUCAAGUACAAAGGAGACAAGCUCGAGAAGAAGCGCAUGAUGGCCUUGUAAUUGUGAAGGCCGAGUACGGUUAUAUACCACCCACAAACAAGAAAGCUAAAGAUGGGUUCACCGAGCCUCGGGUCAUUGAUGUCACCAUCCCUGUAGCUGCGUUAGUCAACCGGGGUCAAUUGGUGAUUUCUAAGAAAUCUAUAAAGUUCCAAAUCUUGGGCUUCUAUGACCCUGCACCAUUGUUGCCCAAGCGAUUGAAGAUCUGGUAUAGAUUCCAGGGGCGCGAUCACUUUGUAGAGGCGGGUGAGAAGGAGAACAUAUCUUGUCCUUUGCGUGCUCACUUCAUAUCCACCUGA